AUGGCUAAAACUUACGAUUACUUGUUCAAGGUAUUAAUCUUCAUUUUUAACACUAUAGCGUCAAUUUUACAGCUAUUGCUCAUCGGAGAUAGUGGAGUUGGCAAGACGUGUGUGCUGUUCAGAUUCUCGGACGAUUCGUUUAAUAACUCGUUCAUCUCGACUAUUGGAAUCGACUUCAAAAUCCGUACGAUCGAGCUCGACGGAAAGAAAAUCAAACUUCAGAUUUGGUAAGUUGACCAAUUUGUCUGGCUAAUAUGAAUCAGAUUAAUUUUAGGGACACAGCCGGACAAGAGAGAUUCCGAACCAUCACCACUGCCUACUAUCGAGGUGCCAUGGUAAACUUUUAGUUUGAAACGAGCCAACUAAACGCAAUCAUUCAGGGAAUCAUCCUUGUGUACGACAUCACAAACGAGCGGUCGUUUGAGAACAUCAAGAACUGGAUCCGCAACAUUGAGGAGCACGCAGCCUCCGACGUCGAAAGAAUGAUAAUUGGAAACAAGUGCGACAUCGAAGACCGUCGAGAGGUUUCGAGAGAUCGCGGAGAGCAGUUGGCCAUCGAGUACGGUACCAAGUUCUUGGAGACGUCGGCAAAGGCGAAUCUAAACAUUGACGAGGCGUUCUUCACUUUGGCGCGCGAUAUCAAGAGCAAGAUGGAGCAGAACGAGAUGCGCGCUGGCGGCUCCGCUUCAAACUCUGGCCGCGUGAACGUCGGCGGACAGGGCAGCCACAAGAAAAGCUUCUUCAGCAACUGGAGCUGCUCCCUCCUCUAA